AUGACUCGCUACGAGUCAGUGGACACCUACGAGGCUGACAGCAUGCUAUACAAGGACCACCUUGAGACUCGUAGCCAUGAGCCGCGCUGGUUUAUGUGGGUCUUCGUGGUGGUGCUUGGCGUUGUGACAAGCGCGCUGUCGGUUGGCAUGAUGACCCUACUGCACGUGCUCAACUCAGUGCGCUACGAACUUUUCGGCUUUGGUCUGCGCGGCUUCACCUUCGCAGACGCGCAGCGGUACCCCAACGUCAGUGAAGCCUCCCCGGCCCACGUGACGGGCAGUGGCGGACGCGGCACGGCCCGCACCACGUCCUCCCUUGAUGUGUGGGCGAUGCUGAGGGGCUACAGUGUGGGCCUAUACGGAAUUGCAUCACCACGGUGGUACUGGUCUGGUUAUCUCUUAUGGGUAGCCUUCGCUGUUUGCACCUCCGCAAUCGCCAGUGGAAUGUGUUACCUUGUUCCGCAGAGCGUCGGCUCCGGUAUUCCGGAGGUGCGCGCCUUUCUGAACGGCGUAUCAUACCCGAUGAUGCGCAGCACCCGCGUGCUUGUGGCAAAGACCGUCGCUGUCGUCUUCACUGUAGCCAGUGGAGUGUGCACGGACCACUACAGCCACCUCAUGCUCGCUGGCGCGAUGCUUGGGUCGCAGCUGCUACAGCGACGACACGGCAUUCGGUGCUACCACGUGCACUUUGUCGACUACUUCCGAAACCCGCGCGAUCACCGCACCGUUCUCGUCAUUGGGGCUGCUGCCGGUAUCGCCGCUGCCUUCUGCGUGUCCGUUGGCGGGCUCCUCGUAAUUCUCGAACUCGUGUCGGCCGUGUUCCCGGUGCGCUUCGCUCUCUACGUCUUUGCGGCGUGUCUGCUGUCGACCUUGUCGACGCAGAUGUACUGGUCCUACUGUAUGAACUUCGAUUCGCCCUACCGGCUGCACGGGGGCCUGCUGCUGCGUGAGGUGGUGUUGUUCCGCUCCCACCUCCCCUUUGGCCAGCACGCCGCAAUGAACCUGAUGGCAUAUAUCCCUGCCUUUGUCAUCGGCCUCUGCAGCGGCGCGUGCGCUGUGGGCUUUGUACGCCUGAGCUGGGUUGCGCUCUACUGCAGGCGGCUUCUGGAGGUGCGGCUGCGCACCAAGGUAAUCCGGUACGUGCUGCCGAUCUUAUUCACGCUUGUGUACGUGAGCGUGCACUACUGGGUUGCCGUGGCGUUCUCGGCAGAGUCGGGGCCCGGUGACACGAUGCCCUCUGCCGUUGGUGCGGACAGCAACGCGCAAAGGAGUGGCAGCGCUGACCCACUUGCGUCGUCCUCCUCAAGUGACGGAGCAGACGUGGGCCCGCCGGCGGUGUGCCGCCCUGUGCCGUACACCGUUCGCAGCGGCCGAAACGUGACGACCAUCGGCUUCUAUGGCAUGAAUGGCUUCCUGUGCCCGGCGGGAAGCUACCGCGUUGUUGACGCUGUCGAUAUCUACAACGCUGCAGAACACAGUAAUAGGGUGUCGAGUGUCACGAAGACGCUGCCGCGGCGGCAGCAGACGGUGCGGGUAGUUGAUGCUUACGCUUCCUUGGCCUUUUCGUACGCUGACUCGACGCUGCAGACACUGCUGAGUCAGCGAACGGAGUACUUGCUGCCGUGGCCCGCCCUCCUCACGUUUUCCGUGAUCUACUUUUUCGCCUCCGCCGUCUACUCCGGCCUUGCCCUUUGCGGGGACAUCAUACUACCGUCUUUGGUGAUUGGCGCGGCGAUCGGCCGCUGCAUUGGAGCGGCGGUGCACUCGGUAGCAGUUGCGCACAGCAAGGAUGCGGCCACGUGGGCAGACCCUGGUGUGUUUGCGCUCUUUGGCGCCGGCAGUUUUGUGAGCGCCACAUCGGGCCUCAGCUUCAGUAUUGGGGCUAUCCUCAUCGAGUGCACGGCUGACUUCCGCCAUCUGUUACCACUCAUGUUUUCGAUCGCCGUGGCCCGACGUGUGCUGCUGCGGUGGGGCCGGGACGUGCACACAGUGUAUCUUGAGGCCCGUGCGGUCCCUCUGCUUAAUGCGGAGCCGUACUUGGAGCGGUACAGCCUUCUGAGCGCGCGGCAUGUGAUGCAUUCUCCGGUGGUCACCCUCCCUGUUGUCUGCACCCUCGAUGACGUUGUGCGCACGCUGUGCAGCACGCCGCACCACGGCUUUCCCGUCGUUUCCAUCAACGGCAGGACCUUCAAGGGGAUCGUCACGCGAGCGCAGCUGAAGCUACUGCUGUGGCACAUCAUCAUGACCGAUGGGCGCACAAACCACUGCACCUACGACGUCAUGCAACGCGUCGAGGACCACGUGUUCCACAGCGGCUGGGAAGGCGUCGACCCGACGCAGCUCCUGAGACGAGAGCGGCUGCCCACUGACCAAAUUUCGCUGUAUCCGUACGUGGACACAUCCGCCUUCACGGUGCUUGACACGGCUGCGCUACCACGCACCUACGAGAUGUUCACGACGCUGGGUCUACGUCAUCUUGUCGUGGUCGACCGCAGUAACUGUGCCGUCGGCAUGAUUACGCGCAAGGACCUCGUCAGUGAUAAUCUUUCAGCCGUAUUGGAGUCGCAAGGCGCACCGGCACCUGCCAACGGCGUGCCGCCAUCGGUGGUGCUUGCAGCGGCCUUGGCUUGCCUGCGGAAACCCUUUCAUCCAACCCCCGCCCAGGUGGCGGAGGUGGCGCAGCAGUCGUCGACGCGGAACCUGGACGUAUCAUCACCGCUGCGCCGGCAUCAUUACGGCCAAGAUCGGGAGUCAGAGCCGUCAAGCCAUGCCCCUCCCCCCCUCCAUUCCCGCGAAGCGAGCUUUGCCCAGGUUGUUCGACGCGUCUCACUCCUUCGAGUGCCGAGCCCAUUUCCCCCCUCCACCGGAAACUAG